AUGGCGGAGGUGGGACCUGAGAGAGUCCCGGGCUCCCAUCGCGGUCGGGGCCGGGGCCCGCGCCUCGGCCAUCGGCGACCUCAGACCUGGGAGAUUUCCGACUCAGACGCCGAAGGUGCCCCUGCUAGAGAAGUCGGCACGCCAGCCCGGAGUUCAGUAGGAGAGCGAAGAGCUGCGGCCAAGGCUUUACGGGCAGAUCAGGUCCUGGAGCGUCUGGUGGUGUGCGUGGACCCAGCUGUGCUGGAAGAUGCAGGCUCCGACAUCCUGAUGGAGGCGCUGGGUACACUAGGCUGUGAAUGCCGCAUUGAGCCGCAGCACCAGGCCCGCAGCCUACAGUGGAGCGUUGUGAGGCCCGACCCGGCCCUCAGCAAUGUGCCUCAGGAGGGGAAGGCUGAAAAUGAGCAGGAACAGUUGCUGCUGCUGGAACCCCAGGAAUUUCUUCAGGGUGCUGUGCAGCUGACCCAGAUGACAGACCCACCUUGCUCCGUCCCCUGGCUUUCUCCCGAGAGUCCCACCCGCUCCCAUCUGGCGGUCAUCGGACUGGAUGCGUACCUGUGGUAUCACCUUCAGCCUCAGAGGGGCGGUUCUCAGAAGACGUGGCCACCAAAGAAGUCAGAGGAAGCCCAGGCCAGGGUAGCCAUCAGCUGGUCAGAGGUGGAGGAGGCUCUGGUACUGCUUCAGCUCCAUGCAAACUUGGAUGUGCUGCUGGUAGCCUCGUGGCGAGAGCUGAGUCAGUAUGUGUGUGCCUUCACCAAGGCCCUCGCCCAGCUCCCCUCUAAGCGGUUCCGGGACUCCCAGGCCUUUUCUUUCUGUACAGCAGGGCACUGGGCCUCAGGCCAGCAAGUGACCAGAGAUGGCUCUGGGCUCAGAGGAGUGUGGUGGCGACAAAUCAGACAGUUCAACCGGGUCAGCCCAGCUGUGGCUGAUGCUGUUGUUACUGCCUUCCCCUCACCCCGCCUUUUGCAACAGGCUCUACUGGACUGCAGCACAGAGCAGGAGCGCCUGAGCCUCCUAGCUGACCUCCCUGUGAAGGCCCCUGGGGGCAAGCAGCCUCGCAGAGUGGGGCCUGACCUCUCUCGAAGAAUCUGUAUCUUCUUGACCACCACCAACCCUGACAUCCUGCUGGACCUGAGCUCUUGACCGCACCUUGGGUCGCCUCCUGCCCAUCAAUACAACAAGACAGGCCUGCCCAAGAAUCUGACUAAUUACUCUAAGGGGCAGGCAAGGAGGUUUGGGUCCAGCCCGGGGUAGACUCUGUUGCCCAAUGGUCAAACGGAAGCACCAUGGGAGGUGGGGGAGGAGGAGGGAAGCUGAGGUGAACAUAAGAGUGCAGGGUAGUGGCCUGGCCACAAGGGCCCUAGAGGUGACUGGGAUUUCAACUUGCUUUUGGCCUGGACACUUGUUGCAGGAAGCUUAGUAGCAGGUGUGAGUGCCUAAUUGUACUAUUACAGCCCCAUGCUGUCUGGAAGCUUAGGAUACACCCUCAGGGAGAAGUACUCAUAGAGAUCCAAGCCAGGCCCUCUCAAAGCUGCUGGACAGAGACAGAAGGUAAACAAUAGGCACAGGCAGCUUGGGCAUUUGUGAGGACGCUUUUAAUGAUAGAACCUAUGGGGACGAGACAGAAUCCCUUCCCAGGGCACCCACUGACAUCUCUGUGACAGGAGCAGGCGCUGACAACAUGCAAUGCAAGUCAGGAAAACCCCACAGACCUGUGGGUCGGGACAGCCCAUCUCUUCCCUGGGAUAUGAAUGCACUCCACUUCGUCAGCCAGCCUCCCAGGCUUGGAAUCUAGGUCCAGACGCCUGGCUGCAGCUCCCAGGAUACAUGGCAACUCAAAGGACAAACAGGAAGGAGUGCUGUUUCCCUACCAGCACAGGCGGUAGAACAGCUGUCACACUCCAUGGCCAACAGAGAAGACUGUCCUGGCCUCGGGGAGACAGGGAAAAGCCUAGACCUCCGUUCUCCCCUCUCCUGCUGCCCUGGAAGGGCAAGAAAGAAAGGUGUCUGCAUUCCCGGGGAGAAGUCAGCUUCUUCGGCAGCGCUUCCUCUGACAGGGCCUGGUCUCCCGGGAAUCUCUCUCAGCGGCUGGGGCAGCUGUGCCCGGAGGGGGUGCAGGGGAUGUCCAGUGGCUGCAGUUCAUGCUCAGGACCCAGCCCAGCUUGUUAUGCAGCACCUGCUUGAGGCCGGGUGGCAAGGGCAGGCCCUCGAGGGUGUCCCCUGAGUCUGGCCGCAACUGGCGCAGGCGGUAGCAGCACAGGUACUGCAGGGAUGUGGAGCUGGCACAGGAGCGAAUGACCUUCAUGCUGCUCUUGGCGGCGGUCGAGCAGACCAUCGGGUAGAACCUUCUGUUCUGAAGCCGAGUGGCAGCCACUCCUGGAAGGAAGACUCAGCCUGAGUGCCUUGCAGGUUGGCCCAAGGUGAGCAGCCUCAAGCAGUCUAAGCACAUGAGACAGACUCUGGUCUGACCUGGUAACCCCAACCUGGCUUCAGCCCUGCCCAUCUUCCCUCAGGAGCCUCAAGUCAGACUGCCUGGCCCCAGCCCAAAGGCACCCUCACCUAUGCACUUCCUAUUCUUGAAAAAAGUCAGUGUCCCAUGCCAGGUGUCCAAGUGUACGCCAAUGAUAGAGCCCUGGCCGAAGCGUGAAGAGAAGCUCGUCUUGUCGCCUUUGUGGUGGAGGAGCCCUGUAAGGAGCAGAGGUGUGAGCCUGGGAGGUCUGUGGCACUGCCAGCCCCACCCAUAGCCCAGGCAACACCUACCCGUGUAGGAGAGCCCCCAGCUGUCUUCAUCCCUGCCCAGCAGGCUGCAGAACGUGUGGUGGUACUUGUCCAGGUCUACGUCUGAUGUCCCGAUGCCCACCAUCUGCAGACAGUGGGGCUGGAAAGUUAGGUGCCUAGUGACAGGGCCCAUGGCACCAGCCCUCUUGCUAGGCCACUUACCAUAUCAGUGCCAUACACCGGAGAGGUCAUCUUGAUUUCCCAGAAGUGUUGGCCAUCCCCUAGCUCCUUGGUGCCCCGAAUGGCUGCUGUGCCACAGCUGUACUCCAUGUGAAAGCUAACCUUUCGAUUAUCACAGCUCAGCAAGGUGGCUGAGGACUUGUUCAGGUCAUCCCAUACCCAAUCAAAAUCUGUAGGAUAGAAGGCCCAGACUAGGGAGGGGCAGAGCAAAGUGGAGCCUUCCAACCCAGAGAACCUGCCCAGCCCUGCACACGUCCCUACGGCAAGACACUCACCCUCAUCCUCCUCACCACAACGGCAGUCCUUGCCACGGUGUGCUGUGUGUAAACUGUUGCAGAAGGUAGCCUCAUUCUGGCCCUCACAGUCACAGAAGGACUCUCCUGUCACAGGCACAGCACUGGGGAUGGAUGGUGGCAGGGAAGAGUACUCAGGGUCAGAGUCGGAGUCGCUGUGCUGGGAGGGAGGGAGGGAAGGAAGGGGCAGGUUGACCUGUUGAGGACCGCUCUCCCACUGCCAGGCUACCCAACCCUUUUCUCAGAUCCACCAGGGAGAAGCCAGAACCUGGGGCUCUCCAAUGCUCAGCAGAGGCAACUUGAACGCUAAGAUGCCUCACCCAAAAGACAACAAUGGGGGGUGACUUCUCUCUCAUUUGGCUGCUUAAUAGAUCUCUGAAACUCAUUAUAAACCUCUGCCCCAUUUCCACACAGCGCCCACCUCCUGUCUUCUCUAGGUAGUUCAUCUCCUAAACCACAGGGCUGGUGCUGUCAGCAAGGUCCACACAGCCCAAGACUUAAGCCUCAGAACGUGUGUCUCCAUCCCCUGCAAGGUCACUGGAAUCUAGAGGGGCAAGCAGGCUUAAUGAGGUCUAAUGGGCUAAUGCAGCUGCUUCAAGCCUCAGCUGCAGCAAACUCCUCAGAUGCAGUCCUGUGGCUUGGGCUCUCAGGCCUCAGGGCCUGGUCAGGGAUGUAGACAAAGCUGAGCUGGUCAGGUCCCCACUGCUGACUGACCAGUCAACUCCAUUGUCUCCAGCUGCUCUGCAGGCCCUUGGAGCCCUGUAUUGGUGCUAGGGUUCCAGCUGGCUGCCUUGACAGUCCCUGAACUUUUGACCUCCGCCUCCUUGAGCUGCCCUGCUGUGCCCCACACAGUGGUCCAGGACCCCGCUAUAACCCUGACAACAUCAUAGUCCUAACACCCACCCUGCAGUUGAAUCUAUUUACAGCCACAUGGCCAUAGGGCAGGGCACUCACUGCACUUCUCUACAAGGAAGCAUUCAGCCACCAAGAGGAGCUUGGACCAUGUUCACCCUGUAUUCUUUCUCCUCACAAUACUCAGGGUCUCCACCAUCCUACUCUCUGCUUCCUUUGCAAGAUCACCAGCUCCUCAGGGAGGGCCCCAAGUCAUCUAGAGAUGGAGAACCAUCAUGGUGCCAGUUAUGAGCAGCUGAGGAAAUGUCCAGCAAUAGACCACUGAGUGGGGACUGAAAACCAGCAUUUAAUUCUGGGCCCUGUGUGCUGGAAUAGGGAAUAUAACACCACAAGGAGCCACGCACAGGAUGUUUGAUUAACCAAACAGACCAGCUACUUUGCCUGGAGGAAAGGCUCCUACCUCAGAGCAGACCUUGUACCCCACUGGCAAAGAUGGGAUCUUCCAAAGCCAAGGCAGAUCCACUGAACAAGGAGCCAAUCUGCCUAGGACAGGAGGAAGGGAGGGUGCUGCUCAACCCAACCUGGGCCCAGAACACCCAGAGCUGCCUGCCACAUGACUGCAAGGCAAACUCAUUACAUGACGGAGGACAGGCAUGCAUGUGUCACGGAUGACUGGGAGGCAGGAACAGGCCACAGGCUGCUUCAGGUGUGUCGUCAUUUGGAACUGGAGGCUUAGCUGAAAAUUUGGACUGACUCUCAAACUCAAAAGCCCCCACGAAGGGCCUAGGGCACUGCUGACCUAUCAAGUCAAGUUUUCCUCACAAUCUGGUGAUCCCAUAGGCUGCUUGAAGGGACUCUGUUUCAGAGAGCUGUGACAUCAGAGUAGAGGCAGUCAAUAUGGGGCAGAGCCAGAAUUCCGGUCCGUAUCAGCAAGGCAAGUCACAGCCACCUCCAGGAGCCGAGUCAGGUACACUAAGUAAGCUGGGUCUCUACCCUGUGCUCAGAGUCUCCAACAAAGGAAGUCUGGGGACAUCUGAACUUUAAAAACUAUAAUAGUAAAAAAGAAUUUGCUGAUGACCCCAAGGGUGUCACAUGUAGAGAACUGCCUCCUGACCACCACGUGUUCACAACAUACGUGUGCCCACACACAAUAAACUGCCUCAAGUCCUA